AUGUCGCAGCCGCGAAGGUCACCUCAUGAUUCGUACGAAACCGAGACAACAGAUCACCAAACAGAAACGGAAACCAUACUGCUCAAGCACGUCCCACUUAACCCAGACUCGCCUUCCCCAUUGCAGAAGGAUGCACAUCUGCAGUUCCUAGUUCGAAAUCUGAUACAAGGCUUUCCAUCCCGCUAUAUUAGUCAAGAUGCAAGCCAACCAUGGCUGCUCUACUGGACGCUCCAAAGCUUCAGCGUCAUGGGCGUAGCGCUAGAUCCGAACAAUAAACAAAAGGCCAUCGACACUAUUAUGGCAUGGCAGCAUCCAGAUGGUGGUUUCGGAGGUGGGCCGGGGCAGGCUGCGCAUUUGCUGCCGACAUAUGCAGCGGUUUGCGCGCUAGCGAUUGUUGGAAGGCCUGGUCCAGGAGGAGGAUGGGAUCAGAUCGAUCGAGAGAAGAUGUAUCAGGUCUUCAUGUCCCUCAAGCAAUCAGAUGGGGCGUUCCUUGUAGCUCACCAUGCAGAAGUGGAUGUUCGUGGUACAUAUUGCCUCCUCGUGACAGUACAUUUACUGAACAUGCUGACGCCGGAACUUUUGGAGGGCGUCCCUGCCUCCAUUAUGUCAUGUCAGACUUACGAAGGAGGCUUCUCAUCCGCGUCCCAGCCAUAUUUCUCCCCUGAGCCAGAAGGUCCUCCAACCCUACUCGAUUCUCCGCGUCCACCUCUCGGCGAGGCUCAUGGCGGGUACACUUUCUGCUCUCUGGCGUCAUGGGUCAUGCUUCAGCCGUACCUUGCUCUGCAAAAGCCUUCGCUCCAGCGGCCAGCUCUGAAUUUCAAGACGCUGCUGCGAUGGCUGGUGCAGAUGCAAGGCUCGGAGAUCGAGCUUGGUGGUUUCAAGGGCCGCAUCGUCGGUGCGCAUGGCCGUGAUGAUAAUCACGAAUCUUCUACCGCUCAUCAAGAGGACGAAGGUUGGGAUGAUAUUGAUGAAUCUUUAUGGGAUCGUGCUGCUCUACAGCGCUACAUCCUGUGCGCUGGUCAACACCCAGCAGGAGGCCUGCGCGAUAAACCUCCAAAGCCCGCAGAUUCGUACCAUACACUAUAUUGUUUAGCAGGACUAUCCUCGGCUCAGCAUUAUGUUUUCCUGUCAUCUACUCGGCAGGAUGCCAUUGUUCGCUGUUGGAAGACCCCGCCUGAGUCCACGCACGAGCAACUUCGUCAAGCGUGUUUCUCGCACUCUCUUUCUUGGACAGAGGAGGAGGGCACAUCUCGUAUACUUGGAGCGCAAAUAACCGGAUGGUGA